AUGGAGGGCAAAGAAGACAUUGGGAUGAUGUCCAUGCCCAUCCAAAAGGAAAUUCUGGUCCUUCGCCGAGAGAUCAAAGAUUGCCACCAGAACUUCUUUCUGGAAACACAGUUGGUUACUGUUGGUUGCACCUGUACCAAGCCUAUUUCCCAGCCUGCUUAG